AACAUUUCAUCAGUAUUAUCAUUAUAUCUAUCAUAAAACCUUCCAAGCACUAGCCUGGGAGCACCUCAAGGGGUCUAGACGGGGUUCCCAGGCCCAGCAUCGCCUUUUGUCUGGCUGCAGGGGGAGGGGGAAGGAGCAGAUGCAUCGGGGAGCCAGGGACAGCUGUGCGUGGAGUGGACCAAGUCACUGCCUCUUAUCACCGGAAGCCUCAGCGGAAGGUUUAACUGUCCUACAUGUUACCAUAGAGCCUGACAUUUUUUUUUUUUUUUUGUUAAUUUUUAUAAUAGAAGACACAAAUGACGGAGAUCUGCUAUUGUUUGUAAAUAUAUGUAGGUGCUAAUUUCCUACUGCCCGAGGUGAUGGUGGUAUGAUAGCCACUGUUAUAUAGUACAAGUUAAGAUAUAUCUGUUUGCAUGUCUAAUAGCUGUGUUGCAGCAAUCUAUGUGCUGCAGGUGAACCAUGAUUUAUAAUUCUAUUAAACUAUUAAAAUAGUUGUAGCAUCACCCAUUCCAUUGCUGAUGAUAGAGAUGGUGAUGAUGGUGGUGGUGACAGUGAAAAUGACUGAUGGCGAUGAUUGCUACCAAUUGAAUAAAUCCAUUUCCACAAUGCGCAAAUAGAUGUCUCGAAUAACAAUUUGCGCAAAGGAGAAUAUUAUGAAUGUUGUUAUGGCGGCGUGAUAGUCUGUCCUGCACCAAGAACAUCUUUCUAUCCUAAGCACAAUUCCCUUCAAACAACAAUUAUGUGACAUAUAGAAUGAACAUAAAAUAAAUAUGUAGUACUAAGACAUAAAGUGUAGUGAGAAAUAAGGAGAAAUAAAUAGUAUGGCAACAAAACCAUCAAUCCUUUAUCAGGAACAUCUCUUAAUAAGACAAAUAAUUCCAAUCAGACAACUGAAAUACAAUUAGAAAAGUAAGUCAAAAUAAUUAUGUAGCAUUAAAAUAUAAAAUGUAGGGGGAGUUAGCCAGGAAUAGAUGAUAAAAUAAUAGAACCGUACUUUACGCGAGACCAGACAACCUGUGGAGUGUUGGUGACAGUUGCCUCAAAAACCCUGAUGACUUUAUUGCAUUGGGUAAGUUAAUGCAGAAUGUAUAGUGAGUGUGACGUGCACUACACUGUCCCUAGCUGAAGGUUACUGAGAGGUGAGAGUGAGGGGAGGGAGAGGGAAGAUAGAGAGAGGACUGACUGCCAAUAAUGAGGCUGGAAUUCUUGUUUACUGUUUCCCUCCCUUUCCUCCCUUUCCCUCCCCACCCUUUCCCUUCCCCUUAUCCCUCCCUUCUUUUCCCUACAAUAUCCUUCUCCCCAGCUGCUAGUACCAUUCCAUUUGCCUUUGUUUGGUUUGGUUUGGUGCUUCCAUCAGUUUGUACUAGAUGUUAUUGUCUGGUUUGAUUGCUUUUGUUUACAUUGUUCGUCGUUUUAUUUAUUCCUAGUGUUUGCCCUCUCUCUCUCUCUCUCUCUCUCUCUCUCUCUCUCUCUCUCUCUCUCUCUCUCUCUCUCUCUCUCUCUCCAUUCAUUGUAAUUGUUCUUCAUUCAUUGUAAUUGUUAUAAAAAAUUGUUAUAGAAAGGCUAGGAUCAAUUGAAGCCAGUGGUAGUAAUUGCAGUUAUGUGUCAGUGCUUUUGUUCGUGAUAAAUAAAUGUAAAAAAGAAAGAAAAGAAAAAAUAAUUGUUUUCAGCUCAGUAAAUUUAAGAAAAGCAUGGGACAAUUGAAACUACCUGAAGCAAUUGCAGUUAUGUGUCAUUGCAGAUGUUAGUGGUAGAUAAAUGUAAAGAAAAAGAAAAAAAAUCAAAGGUUAUUGUUGUUAGGAUGCCAGUAAGUAAACUCCACCUCUCUCUCUCUCUCUCUCUCUCUCUCUCUCUCUCUCUCUCUCUCUCUCUCUCUCUCUCUCUCUCUCUCUCUCUCUCUCUCUCUCUCUCGUGGGUUGUUGAAAAAGUGAAUAAAAUAAAAUAAAUAAUAAUAACAAUAAUAAUAAUGAUAAAUAAAAAAUAGUCAGUUUUUAUGAUGCCCUUAAUUAAACUCCACCUCUCUCACUCUCUCUUGGGAAGUUAGUGAGGAAUAAAUGUAAAAUAAAUAAAUAAAUAAAUAAAUAACCAAACAAAUGCAUAAAAUAAUAAUGAUAAUGAUAAAAAAAUCACCAUUCUUAUGAUACAAGCAAGUAAACUCCACCUCACCUCUCCCAGUGGGUAGUGGAGGGGUGGCUGGGGUCCUGUUCCGCCCUGAUGAGUCAAACUAUGGAGGGUUAUCAAAAUUACCUUAGUCUAGCUAUUUACAGACAUUGAUUAUUUCUCAGGAAAAUAUUACACCUUUCUUUCAUCAGUGCCAUCCAACGAUCAACAGUUAACUAAUCUGAACUUUAAUCUAAUUUAUCCCAGUUAUUACAUUUUUUCUUUCAUCUAUACCAUAAAAGUAUUAGCAGUAAAGUUAAUUAAUGUAAAUCUAAUCUAAUUUAUCCCAGUUAUUACAUUUUUCUUUUCUUUCAUCUAUACCAUAAAAGUAUCGGCAGUAAAGUUAAUUAAUGUAAACCUAAUCUAAUUCAUCCCAGUUAUUACAUUUUUCUUUUCUUUCAUCUAUACCAUAAAAGGAUUGGCAGUAAAGUUAAUUAAUCUAGAUCUAAUCUAAUUUAUCCAAGUUAUUACACUUUUCUUUUGUCUAAACCAUAAAAAGAUCAGCAUCAAAGUUAAUUAAUCUGAACCUAACCUAAUCUGUCCCUUCGUAUGAAAAUGCUAAUGUUAUGAAUGGUUAUUUUUCAAUGUUAUCCGAAUUUUGCAUCACCUCUUUUUUUUAUGUAUUAGGAAAAAUAACUAAGGGAAAAUUAAAUAACAAAAUGUCAGGCUGAUUUAUUUUAUUUUUGUGCAUUGCUUCACUUUUUAAUUAUGUAUUGGGGAAAAUAACUGAUGAAAAUGUAGAUAAUAAAAAUCCUGCUCAUGGUAUUCCCAAAAGAGAAAUAAAUAGAAUAUCUGAGAGAAAAGUCUGAUUUUUUUUUUAAUAUUUAUGUAUAAUCUCUUUUUAUUAUGUAUGAAACUGACUAAAGAAAAAAGUAGAUGACAAAAUCCCACUUCAUACUCCCCAAAAAAUGGAGAAACAAGUAAAAUAUCAGAAAGUAAGACUGAUUCAUUUAAUUUCAUCCAUUCACUGCUACUUAUUUCAUUCUUGGCUCAUACCAUCCCACCAUCACUUUUUCCGUCAGGAGUGAGGGAGGGGGACUGAAACACUUGUCUGGCCCUCACACAUCCUCUUAGUACUCUGAGGAUGUUGAAGCAAAGUAUCUGGUAAAACUGUAUUAUUUCUCCUCGUGUCUUGAAAUCUGAUGUGUUGCAGUGUUGGACCCAAGGGGGUUUAUUUAGUACAGGGUGUGGCAGAAGUACCUCUCAUGUUUUUCCUUUUGUUAGCCUUUAAAAUGUGGAGGUAUUUCUGCUGCACCCUGUAUAUCGAUGUCAACUAGCUACCUCUACCUCCUUCCUUCCCUCCAUCCUUCUCUCACAAAAUUCAUAUAUAUUUGUAACAGAUUGAUGGCCACCAGUUCAUAGGAGAGAGAAUAGCACUACUUGGAGUAUUAAAGGACAUGUUUUGUAGUAAUCAUGACGGCUCUGGACAACUCAGGGGAAUAUUCAAUGCAAGGCAGAGGCAGUUCCCGACUCUCUCUACGACAGAACCGCAAGCGCAGCCUCGUCUCGGACAUCUCGCCGGCACCAGAGCCGAGGACAAGUCACCGCUUUCGCACCUUCAGCAACAGUGAGGCUGAUGAUAGGAACAAGACGCCUCCUACAGUGCGCAAGAUGAGCCUCAGCAGGAGCGUCAUGACCAGCAGUGGCAGAAGGACCAGCACCGUCUCCUCGCAGUCUGCCGGCAGCAACUCUGGGGUGGGAGGGGCCACGGGGGACCUGGGCUACAAUGGAGGCUAUGUGUCAGGAGUGUGUCCCUUGGCAAACAUGGGGAACACUUGCUUUCUCAACUCGGUGCUGUAUGCGCUGAGGUUCCUGCCGGGGUUCACUCAUGACCUCCACCACUUGCAUAUGCACCUGCAGUCUGCUGGCGAGCAGAAGGACGUGAACCUGGAGCAAAGGAUACAGUUUCUCUCUGAACUCCACCGAGUGUUUGUGCGUCUGGGGCAAGAGGAGAGAUCAGCCUCAGAGAAGAGAAUACCAGCCUUUGAACCUUAUGAUUUCCUAGAAGCUUUAAGAGUUGUGAAUCCAAUGUUUGAGGGGAACAGACAACAGGAUGCCCACGAACUCCUUCACUGCCUCCUUGACCAGCUGUGCCACCUCCCGCAAGACCUGCUACAAGUGAGACCCAAUGGCACGGCUCCUGCUGGCUGGGGUGAUUCCUGUGGGGCAUCCCGGGACCAUGAGUCCAUCCCUCCUGAACCCAAGAAGUCCCGCAGGAGGUCUGAGAGGAUACAGGCCAUCGAAGAGGAUUCCAGCAAAGCUGUGGAUGUGGUCGGGUCAAAGUUUGUGGGUCGCAUGUGUCUGGAAACCUGUUGCCUGGAGUGUGAGCAGGUCACUGGCAGGGAGGAAAACUUCCUGGAGGUGUGUGUUCCUGUCAAGACCAAGGCUGAUUUUGAAGAGGACGAGAGCAUUGGGGAGCCACAGGUGUUCAUGUCAGCCCUGAAUGAGGAGGAGUGUCUUCAGGAUAACAACAAAUACUGGUGUGAUCAUUGCUUCCACCACAAUGAGGCACGACGCUCUGUUCACUUCUCUCAGCUGCCCCACCACCUGGUCAUUCAUGUGAAGAGGUUCAGUGCCUAUCACAGAAACAUGAACACCUUCAAGUGCACAGAGGCCAUGCCAGCACCACUCAUCCUGCCGUGCUUCUGCCGUGGGUGUUACCUGGAGAAGCAGAGAGCCACGCAUGGGGAGGUGGGGCAGGACGGCAGGAUGGCCGGCACCAAGCGACCCAACCUGUCCCACCUGCCGUACUACCUGACAGCUGUUGUGUGUCACCUUGGAGCCACUCUCUCUUCAGGUCACUAUCUGUCCUUUGUCCGUCUGAGUGCCCUCCAGUCCUCCAAGUGUCCUGAGCAGCAGCAGCAGCAACAACAGCAGCAGCAACAGCAGCAGCAACAGCCACAGCCCCCCUCCCACCAGGCCCACACGCCCCCUGCCAGCAGCACCAAGGUGGACUGCCAGUGGAUGAGGUGCUGUGGCCUUCAGUUGGACCACAUCCGUCCUCUGUCUGUGCUCAACGGACACAGUGAUGAGGAGAACAGCCGGGAGCAGGACAAGCUGUGGCUGGAGUGUGACGACGACAAGAUCAAGCUGGUCACGUCACAGGAGGUGUGCCACAUGAUGCGCACCACCAACAUCACCCCUUACCUCCUCUUCUAUUCCCACCUCUGAUCUCAAGGUAGCUUGCUGCCCUCCACGCUCCCCCACACACCACGGUGAAAGUUUUGUGCAGAACCCGGUGAUUUUUGCAUGCAAGUAGAGGCGAGUUGUGAAUUUGCCUCGUUAUUAAGUGUCCGAAGGUUGUGGAUGCUGUUUUUCAUCUCGUCCCCUCUCAGAAAAAGGGGAAACUCAAAUACCCGUUUGAUUUUUGUUCUGUAAUUUAUGGGACACUGUUUUGAAGGGCUGAUGGAGGCGACAAGUUUCUAGUUUCAGAAAACCGAGCAAGCAUUCAGUACGUACUUUGGUCUGUCGCAAGGAAGCACUGAGGACACGAGUCAAGCCAUGUGUACAUUGAGAGAAAGGCCUGAGAAACCAAGCCAAGGGUAACAGUUGGUGAGAGGAUAGUGCCUGGAGAACCUUUUUAUAUGUAAUGCUGAAAGGCUAACACUUCCACCAUCACUAGCUACCUCAUGCAUCAGGUCAACAUAGAAAAGAUACAGUCCCUUGCCGCACCACAGAGUGAAGGCAAGGGUCUGGUGCCUGAACCAAGCUUCUCGGACAGAAAAGAUGUUUGAAAACAAAGGCAUUAUCCAUGAAUUUGAUUGAAAAUGGUGCAAUGAUUUUGAUCUCUUCAACAAAUCCAGUCAGGUGAAGGAAAAAGGUGAUGGGGAUGGUGAAGAUGAGUGAUUGAUGUCUUUUACGAAAGCUGAAUGAAAAGGCACGACUUCAGAGAACAAGAACAAAGUGUGAGCCAAUGAUACAACACUGUACAAUACUAUUUAUGACCAAUACUAAAUGAACUAAUAGAAAGAAACAUUUGGAGCAGCUACAUUGAGACAGACAGUGACAAACAUGUGAGAUCUUGUUCUGCUCGAUGCGGGAACGCCAACAAUAACAGCCGUGUGUGCGUGUCAGCCCCGCUAGGAGCUGUACACGUCUCUACACGGUCUUCAUAGUGUUUUAUACGUCAACCUUAACAAACAAACAUGGCAGUGUAAUGAUAAUUGUAACUUUCACUGGAAGCUUUACCAGAAUGAGAGUAUGGGUAGUGGAUAUGUAGAAACAAUAGGUGAUAUAUUUUUGUAUAAAAGAACACAAAAUAGUUUAGUAUCAAUAUUUAACUGUGAUGAUGCAGUAGGGGAAACGUGCAGCAACUUCAGAGUUUUUUUUUAUUUAUUUAUUUAUUUAUUUUUCGGAGCAUUUCUCACAUAUUUUUUUAUUUAUUUAUUUAUUUUUUUUAUACCUAUCAUUAUUAUUACAGUCAGGGUAGGGGACACUUUCCUUUCGGUAGUCUCUAGGUGGAGGUUCGGUUUAUUUCACAGGGAACUUGGUUGGUUGGUAGCGGUGAGGCGAGACACGAGUGUUAGCCGAGUGUAAACAAGACUUGGGUCAACUUAGAUUUCGUUUUAAUCUUUCCAUUCUUUUGUGCUGGUCGUGUGUGUUUUGUGUGUGUGUGUGUGUGUGUGUGUGUGUGUGUGUGUGUGUGUGUGUGCGUGCAUGCGUGUGUGUGUGUGUGUGAGAGUGAGUUAUGGGCCAAGCCAGAAUGACGGUGAUGAGUGACUAAAGAGCAUUUAGUGGUGAAGGGGGAUGGGAAUGAGUGCUGUCUUAAAAAAAAAAAAAAAAAAAAAUCAUCACCACUCCAUUAAUUCACUAGAUUCUCCGUGUGACAUUCUUACUUUAGGGUGAACAAUACUCAGAAUAAGAACAUGUUAGGUCUCACAAGUAGGGCACAUUCUCUUCAUGAUCAAGUUGUAUGCAGUUUGUGGGGUACGAGGUGCGUUAUAAUGACAAGCCUUGCAAAAAUUAAUACGAGGGCCUCAGUUGGAAGCAUAACAGGGAUACAGAACAUCCUCAAAAAAAGUCAGUAGGAGGAUGUUUAUCGUAACUGAAUGAGAGCAAACUGACAUGCAGAGAAUGGGAAACAUGCUUCAGUGUGGGAGCAAGUUGGUUCAUCUCUAAGUAAAUGUGGCAGAAUAAUAAUGACAUGCAUGUGUGUAAUAGCAAUCGGUUCUCCUCUCGGUAACUUGUGUAAAAUUUUCAUCCGAUACAAGACUCACAAUAGCUUAGUACAAAGACCGAACCUUCAUUUUUUGUGUCCGUUGCAUCAGAAAGUUUAGGGUGUCAUUUACAUAGAGAAGUAGCUUAGUGGGAGACUGAGGGUUUUACUUACCACAAUGCAUUUAUUUGACUGUUACACACAUAUGAGGCUGGAAUGUAAGAGAAGCGCUGUAAAGUUUAAGUGAACUGUAGGCAGGUGAAGGUGAAGCUUUCAUUGUGCUUUGUCCUGUUUUGAAUGUGACGCUUGAAUAGGAGGGACCACGACUUAACAUUUGCCCUGAUGUGUGAGUACUGCGGACUUACUAACAUCCACCUGCUCACUCCCACUGCCAGUAGCUGUAGUCUUGAGGGCCUCUAAGGAAUAGUUAUCCAUGUUAGACUGACUUUUGCUGGAUUCAGGAACACUUCUGCACCGCACCUCCACUACUUUUGAGAGGCUUUAGUUGAAGCUACACAGGUUUUUGAGGGUGUUUUCAUGGUUCUGGUGAUAGAUUAACUUGAUUUCUACAUUAUUAACAGGAGGAUUACUCUUGAGAACCUGGCUGGUCAUCUCUGUUGCCUUGGAAAACUGUUGUGGUGAGAGAGCAGAGUGUUUCUGAAUACGAGCCACUGUUUCAUUCUUCAUUGCUCAGAUUGUUUGAAGACUGAUGCCUUUUUUGUGAGAUUUAGUUAUAUUUAUUCUUGAAGUCUCUUAAGUACAUGGUUUUGUAUUUUACUGUUGCUCAGAAUGUCAGAAGACUGAGUUUUGAUUCAUCUUGUAACGUGUAAAGUACAGUUUCAUCUAUCAUUACUCAGAUGGCUUGAAGAUUUUUUUUAACUUUUUUUCUUGAAUGAGUUUUGUUUUUUCUGCAAGUGUCAGUAUUGUUCUUCAUGAGAUGAUUUUCAUUCAUCUCACCAGUUUCAUGUUUCAUUGCUCAGGCAGAGGCAGUUUGAAGACUGAUCCCACUUUCCAUUUUAACACCAUACUGUGAUUGAGUUACUGUACUUUCAUUGCUACCACACUACCACACAGCUGUAGGUACCUGUCAACGAGCCAAUGUGAGCAACUACUACUACUACUACUACUACUACUACUACUACUACUACUACUACUACUACUACUACUACUACUACCACCACUACUGCUGCUACAAUCUCAGGUUCAGAGCUUUGAUAAUCCUGUCACAUGUUGGGUACCAGAUUCUUAGCUUGGGACACUCAUUGUUACCGUUAUGAAUGUUAAGUGUGUGUGUUUUAUUACACGUCACAUUGGUGUCAGCUGUGUACGGUUAAGGAACCCUCAUUGUGUGCUCAAUACUAUACAAGGCAACUGAGUGAAAUGACUUAACUCUUGUGUAUUCCUGUAAUAAAACAUGUGUUCGGCGCAUUUGCAAAUUGGAAUCUCGUCUCGUACUGUUAAUUUUGGGGAGUCAAGGAUUUGAUUUUUUGUACUUAACCAAAAUUGGUGUUUAAUAUUAUUCUUCUAAGUUCCAGAGUGUAUUUGUUAAGACUUUAGUUUAUUGUCUCAACAUUCUCAGCAGGUGUUCUUCAUUCAUUGACAUCAGUGGUGAUACAUUACCUGUCUCUUACCUGUACAAGGCAGGUAGACAAGGUGGUAUGCAAUCCUACUCAGAGAUGGCUAUUAUUACUCCUUUGAAUGCUUCAGCUUUAGGGAAGAAAAGGUUUUGGCUGGAAAAGAAAAGGAGGUCUUCAGAUUCUAAUGUAAGAUUUAUCCGUCAAUUAUAAAGAGAAAAAAGUCUUCAAACCUUAAUGUAGAAUUUCUUUGUCUUCCAUUUUCUUUGCCCACAGUAAGUACUUGAUGGGGUGGUGGUGACAGUAGCAGCACAGGUUGUCCGUUGCCUCUCAGACUCCAGCCACUCCCACUACUCUGUCAGGUGUCAUAGGUUGAGAAGAUUCCUCUGCAGGAUCUCUGUAUCUCGAUUACGUAUCUUUUUUCCAGAGACUUUGUAAGUAAUAUGAGUGUCUUUUUAUUACUAGAAUUUUAUGUGGAUUGAGGAGGUCACUUUCACAACACAUUGGUCACGUAAGGUGGAAGAAAAUGAAUGUUAAAUGUAA